AUGUCUACACAAGAAGACGAAGUGAGACUACUUAUCCAAAAUCUGCAAAAAUGUAAUAAUACAAAUGAAUGUAUAAAUUUCGAUUUGGCUAGUACAAUUCAAGAAUUUUUAAAUUCGCUCGAUAAAAAUUCAUUCGAAGAUAUUGAUAAAACAAUAAGAGAAAAUGAAAAAGAUAAAGAUUUAAUGAACAGCUUUACGUCUGCAGCUAUAUUUCUUGAAAAUUGUGUAAAAAUUUUAGGUCUCAAAAUUGAGCAUUUACACAACUUAGCUCAUAAUACAUUAUAUAAUAUAUAUAAAGAAAAUAAAAAUAGUAAUUCAAAUAAAAAACAAUUGUUAAUAAUUGAUGAAGAAGAAUAUUUAUAUAUUAAUGAAAUCAAAAAUUUAAAAAAUACAAUCACUGAAAAUGAUAUUAUAGAAGAAGAUUUAUUAGUUAAAACAAUUCCACUUCCAACAUUUUUAUUUACAGAUCAUAUAAGAGUCAAAAAUAAAACAGAAAAUCAUAAAAAUAUAAUAAAAUAUGAUGAAAAAGACAAUUUUUUAAUAAAUAAAAAAAAACUUUUAAAUGAACCUGAUAUAGAAAAUAUUCCUUAUAUUGAUACUCUGGGAAAUGAAUCUAUUAAUUCUAUCGAAACCAAAAUUAUGGAUUUAAAUUCAACAAAUAGUUAUAAAAAUAUGGAUAAUCUAAAUCUUAUAGAUAAUAAACAAACAAUAGAAAUUAGCUCAGUCAACUCAUUAAAUUUUGACAAACUUUUUUUAGAAAAUGAUGGAAUCAUUUUGUUAGAUAUUAACGAUUAUAAUAUAUUUAUAAAUGAUGAAUAUGAUUUUACUUUACAAAAUAAAAAUAGUACAAUCUUAUUUGAAAAAUAUGAAUUUUUUUCAAGAAAUAGUAUUUAUUUAUCAAAUAAUUUAACCGAAUAUAUACAUGAACAAAAUACUAUCCAACAUACAUAUAAAAUAAAUAAUAUUUAUGAUAUUACAUCUUUAAGAUUAUGCACAGAUACACUUUUAUUUAAAACAGAUUUUUAUUCAUAUGAUAUUGCAUUAGAUAUCAUUAAAAAUAAAAAUUAUUUAAUUAAUAAAUUUGAAAGGCAAAAAAAGAAAUUAUAUAUUCUUGAUGAAACUAUUCAUAAAGAUCAUAAAUAUAAUACCAUUUAUAAACAAAAUGCUGAUUAUUGUGAUUAUUGUGGUUCUAUAAUUACAUCUAUAAUAGAGCCAAACGAACCCAACAAUCGUUGCAUCUAUUGUAAUAAUAACACACAAAUAGAUAGGAACGAAAAAAAUGGAUUAUAUAAAAAACUUCCAGGAUAUUAUAACUUAAGUUGUUAUAAUAUUACAGAAACUGAAGAUUUUCUUACAUAUAUGCAACCAAAUAAAAUCAUAGACAUUAUUAUGAAAAACGAAAUAAAUGAUAUUAAUUUAGAUUCAAAUAGUACAACAAAUAAAUUUGAAGAAAAUAUAAUAGAUCCUAUUUUUCAUCAAAAUAAUGAUUUUACUGAUAAAGGAGAUAAUUACAGAUUGUCAAACGAUCAAAAAUUAUUUAGACAAAUAAAAAUACCAUCUUUAUAUAUACAAAAAUUAGGUUUAAAUAUAGACUACUAUUAUUUAGAACCACUAAUAUAUAAUUUAAUAAAAAAUCUAAAAAAAGAAAAAAAUGUAGAUCGUUUUUUUUCCAUAAAUUUUUAUGAUCAUAAUGAAAAUUAUGAUAUAGAAAUAUUAAAAGAUGAUUAUUAUCACGAAAUAAAAGAUGAACAAAAUAAAACAAUACAAGAAACAUUAAAUAUGGACACAUUUAUUAAUAUUAAAUCCAUAGAUAAUCAUGUUAAGAAUUUUCCUACAUCUAUUCUUAAAAAAACGGAUUCUAAUACCUCCUUGGUUUUUUCCUUUGAAGACAAAAUACAAGACAGAGUAAAUGCAUGGAGUAAUUUUCUUGAAGAAAAACUCGUGAUAUUAAAAAGACAACCACAAUAUAAUGUAGAAUAUUAUAAAAAAAAAAUUCUCAAAUAUAUUAUUAACAAUGGUGAUAACAUAUAUUUUCCAGAUCUUAUAAAGAAUGAUGAAAAAUAUCAGAUAUAUAGAAACUUUUUAACAACAUUAAUGUUAAUAAAUACAAACAAAUUAAAUAUUUCCGAAAUAGAUCAACAAAAACAUUCAAAUAAUAUUACCAAUUAUCAAAUUAACAUAAAAAAUAUUAACGUUAAUGAAUAUAUGAAUAUUUCCAGUGCUUUUGAUAAUACGAAAUUUACUAUAAAUGAUAAAAAAAGAAAAAUAACUGAAAAAUCUGAUAAUAUAGACAAUUCUUUUCAUUUAGAAAAAAAAAAUCAUAUUUAA